GUCUAGUUAACAGCAGCACAUUCUUCACAUGGACAGAUGAGAGCGGGAAGUGUCUUUAUGUUCAGUGUUUUGACAUUUGUACGGGAAUAAACUGCUGCCGUGAACUCAUGUGGGAUAAAUGAUGAAGAACCGCAGUGGAUUUAAUAUGGAUCAAAGACUCAAACACAGAGUCCAGCAGUAUCUGAAAGCACAUAAUGAUGAUUAUGUGGACAUCUCAUCAAUGGCCUCUGACCUUCAGCAGCAGUUUAGGAUGGAGUACGGCCGGAGGAACAGGACAGCUUUCAGGAUUCAAGUGGGAAAAGUUCAUGCAGCUGUAUGCAGCAAGUCUGAAAUCACUACACUGGAAAAUAAACAUUUGGCCAAAAGAGCGAGACACAGUCAAGUGGAUGGGGAUGACAGUCACAUCACAGGAGACAGCACGGACAGUGAGGACGAUAUUUCUGAACUUGAACAGCACACAAAUCACACGGACAGCUCGCUGGUGUCGCUCUAUCAGAGAGGAAACGCAAGCACCUCGACAGUGAAGAGCGAAGGUGAUGGCUGGAUCAUUGAUAAAACUGGAGACAGAGAACAGGAGAACAUCUUCACUGAUCUGUGUGAGGAGGAGGCGGCCACCAGCACUGCGACUUCAUGUUUUCAGAAGCAGAGAGAUUCAUCAAAGCUGAAAGAGAAGAAAUCAAAACAUGAAAAGUUGAAGAGAAGGGAAAACAAAAAACAAGGAGAAAUGAAUGACGUGGAUGCAGAAAUCAAUGCUGGAAUACUGGUCAAAAAGAGGAAGAACAAAGCCCCUGAACUUCAGUACUCAACUGUGAAGUUUGAGGAUUUCGGAGGCAGUGAAGACACGCUAGCGGAGGUGUGUAAAUUGCUGAUCCAUAUGAGACAUCCAGAAGUGUACCAGCAGCUGGGAAUUGUACCUCCACGGGGAUUCCUGCUUCAUGGGCCGCCAGGAUGCGGGAAAACGCUGUUAGCUCAGGCCGUGGCCGGAGAGACGGGUCUGCUGAUGUUGAAGGUCUCUGCUCCAGAGCUGGUGUCAGGAGUCUCCGGAGAAUCAGAGCAGAAACUGCGUGAACUGUUUGAGCAAGCCAAAAACAGUGCUCCCUGUAUCCUGUUCAUUGACGAGAUUGAUGCCAUCACGCCAAAAAGAGAGAUGGCCUCUAAAGACAUGGAGAGGAGGAUCGUCGCUCAGUUACUCACCUGCAUGGACGAUCUAAAUUCAAUAUCAGAACCAGCUCAGGUGUUGGUUAUUGGAGCCACUAACCGUCCGGACUCGUUGGAUCCAGCCCUGCGUAGAGCAGGCAGGUUUGACCGAGAGAUCUGUCUGGGGAUUCCUGACGAGGGUGCGCGGCUGAAGAUUCUGAGGACACUUUGUCGGAAAAUCAAGCUGCCAGAGGAUUUUGACUACAGGCAGUUGGCGCGUCUCACACCAGGUUACGUGGGUGCAGAUUUAAUGGCGCUGUGUCGAGAGGCGGCUAUGACCGCUGUCAACAGAAUUCUGCUGGAGCAGACCACUGAAGACAUCACGUCACUGGCACCGAAGGUGGAGCUGGUGCAACUGUUGUCUUUGUUAAAGAAGAACGAGUCUCUGACUGAAGAGCAGCUAGCUGGACUCUGUGUCGUCAUGUCAGACUUCAAGACGUCGUUGUCCAAAGUUCAGCCUUCUGCUAAACGUGAAGGCUUUGCCACUGUACCAGACGUCACAUGGGAAGACAUUGGUGCACUGCAUGACAUCCGAGAGGAGCUCAACAUGGCCAUCAUGGCCCCCAUUCAUAAUCCGGAGCAUUUCAGGGCUCUGGGUCUAAACGCCCCCUCUGGAGUGCUGCUUGCUGGACCACCCGGAUGUGGAAAGACCCUAUUAGCUAAAGCUGUUGCCAAUGAGUCUGGCUUAAAUUUCAUCUCUGUCAAGGGUCCAGAGUUACUCAAUAUGUAUGUGGGUGAGAGCGAGCGAGCUGUCCGUCAGGUGUUUCAGAGAGGUCGUAACUCCGCCCCCUGUGUCAUCUUCUUUGAUGAGAUUGAUGCACUUUGUCCUCGGCGCUCAGAACAUGAGUCAGGGUCUAGCGUCCGUGUCGUGAAUCAGCUGCUCACAGAGAUGGACGGCGUUGAGAAUCGUCAACAGGUUUUCAUCAUGGCUGCCACUAAUAGACCAGAUAUUAUUGAUCCUGCUGUGCUCAGACCAGGACGGUUGGACAAAACUCUUUAUGUGGGAUUACCCCCUCCUGCAGACAGACACGCCAUAUUAGUCACUAUUACCAAGAAUGGCAGUAAACCCCGUCUAGAUUCAGAUGUCAAUCUUGAGGAAAUUGCACAUGAUAUACGCUGUGACAGUUUUACAGGUGCAGAUCUGUCUGCGCUGGUGCGAGAGGCAUGUGUGAAUGCUCUGAGAGUUCACCUGAGCACACGACCGUCACAAACACACACAGAGCCAGUGGAAGAGAUUAGGGUGAGAAGAGUUCACUUUGAAGAUGCCUUUAAGAAGGUGCGGCCAUCUGUGUCCAAGAAGGACCGAGUGAUGUACGAAAAACUGAAAGACUCCCUCACAAGAUAACAUUGCUGAUGAUGAUCAGAAAUCUUGGUUUUUGGAUACCAACUUUUGUUCAAAUGUUUUCUUAAUGAAGGUGAUGAUAAAAAAAAAGUGUUACAUCUUUUUCUGUUAGCACACAUUUCAAGUAACCUCAAUAUCAUUGUGCUGCUGUAUCUUCAUGUGUAUUGUGCAAUGUGGAAAGAUUUUUGCUCAGAUAAACGUUUUUUUUUUUUUUUUUACAUGAUUGAAAAUGUAAUUAGAUUAUAUAUGCAAUAAAGCGUAUAUAUAUAUAUAUAUAUAUGAAGGACGUUGGAGAACGUGUGCUUUAUCAACAUCACACACUGUCCUGUUGGGAGACGAGAGUGCUACUUACAGAAUUUAUUUUAACCCCAAGACAAAUGACACUGAUUGUGACCACAUUGUUAUAAAUAUCAGGAUAUUGUGUGUUUCAAGGCACAGAUGAUGAAACAGGAGUCUUACCAUGGUUGCAGUAAUGCAUGCAACCAACAACACACUCGACACACCCAGAGCAAAAGUCAAUGGUAGUGGAUUUUUUGCAGAAAAAGAAUAUACUUGUUACUAGCACAUAAUUACAGCCUGCUGUUCUGCCAAACUACAAUUUAAGACUAUUUGCCAUAUAAUAUCUCAAAUGUGUCCCAUGAAUGGCUGAUGCGUUAGCUCUGAAGAUACAGUAAUAUACAGAAAGAACUCCUGUGCUUAUAUUCAGUGUAGUAGUGCUGUUUUGAGUUUUUACAUUUAUUACAAAUGUAAAAUGAGAUAAACAACAGUAAUAAUCAUUAGAUGAUCUCAAAUGUAUUAAGGCUUUUUUUCAGAAAUGACAUCUAACAUAUAAAAUGUAGAAAUGCUGACAUAGUACGUCAGUUUAUUUUGGUAAUUGGUGAAAUAAUGGAGGCAUAAAAAAGCCACAGGCCAAGAAACAAGUAACAUUUAGAGCAUCAAGUACUUGUGGUGCUAAAUCCAAUAUAACAUUUUCAUAUGAUCACAGAUUGUACCACUAAGCACUGUCUAACCUUAUUUAACAGGCAUUGUCUUGAAGACAAUAUGUUAUGUUGCAAAUUACACUUUUAGAAUUUUAUACCCGUGAGCUCUCUCUACAUACAGCAGCUCCUUAUUCACGUGUUAAUCACACAGUAUGAUUGUAACAGUAUAUGAAGUUUCAAAUUUCACAUUAAUGUUUGUCAUAUUAAAAGCUCUUAUAUGGGGAAAAUAUUAUCAUAUAGCAUAUAAAAAUGUAGAAACAUUAGUAUUCAAAUGCAAAACAUGAAAACAGCCCAGACUUCAGACCAUGUGCAAAAUGGUUUAGAAUUAAAAUGUAAUAAAAAAAAAAAUAAUAAUAAAAAAGCACACCAGCUAAAUACAAACAGUAAUGUUGCAAUUUCAUUUCUGUCACUAAGUUUGAAAUGAAGACUAGAAUCACACUAAUAUC